ACGUGCCCACUUAUGUUAGCGGAAGUUUGCAUGACGUUUUCCGGCUCUGCUCGUUGCGCAUGCUUUCCGCUUUUUCACAAACGCAAGUCUCACGAACUGAAGGCCCACUACAAAAAGAAACAUGAGUAAAGCACACCCACCAGAGUUGAAAAAGUUCAUGGACAAGAAGCUUUCUCUGAAGCUGAACGGUGGCAGGCAGGUCCAAGGAGUCCUGCGAGGAUUUGACCCCUUCAUGAACUUGGUGAUGGAUGACUGCUUGGAGAUGGCCCCUGGGGGAAUACAGAACACGAUAGGCAUGGUGGUAAUCAGAGGAAACAGCAUCAUCAUGUUGGAGGCCCUUGAGAGAGUAUGAGGGUGGGGAUGGCAGAAUCGGCUUGGAAGAAGUGGAAUAAUGGACAUUAUACACUUUUUUUAUUUUGUAAUUUCCUUCUUUUUCCUGUUGAUAGAGUAUGUAUUUGAUACGUUUGGGCAGAUGUUUCAUUUGGAAAUGUUUUGAAUUGUGAAAUCUUGUGAAUAAACUGGGUAUUUUGUUUUUA